AUGCGGAGUCCAGUGUCCAGGCGGGUCAGAGAGCCGCGAGCAGACACAGUCCGAACUGACAUCUAUCGCAGUUAUCCAUUUGACAUUUCCUCAUCCCACUUGUAUGUGUGUGCGUUUAAUAGGAACUGGUGUGCUUAUGUGGUGACGCGCACAGUCAGCUGCGUGAUGGAGGAUGGAGUGGAGACGUACAUCAAACCAGACUAUCAGCGCUGUACAUGGGGCCAAUGUCCCCGAGUUGCCUAUAGGACAUACAGGAGACCAAGGUACAAGGUAGCUUACAAGAUGGUGACAGAAAUGGAGUGGAAGUGUUGCCAUGGUUACUCGGGUGAAGACUGUCAUGAUGGGCCAAAGGGAACCCCCGACACUCAAGUCAAUGGAGGUCGAUCUCACAUCACGCACACCAACUACAACACAGGGGGUGGACAGAGGGGAGGAGAAGGUGACAGAGAGAGAAUCCAGCAGCUGGAGGACACCAUCCGCGGUCUGACCAAGGACCUUCACAACAUGCAGACCACCAUCCAAGGAAUCAACCAAAGGCUGUAUGUAAAUGUCAAUACAUCAAACUGUGUGUUUUACUGCAUGAAGUGCCUUCCCCUGCAUGCUGAUAUGCUGCCUGGACUGAGUGGCGCUAUAGUCCCUGCUGAUUCGGCUCAGCCACACAUGAAGGAAACCAUUAACACCAUUCAAACUAAGCUGGACCAUCUUUAUAACAGAACACAGGUCCAUGAUCAGACCCUGCUUACUAUCAACAACCACUUGGUGAAUGGAGGAGGCAAUGAACUGGAUGGAACCACAGGCAAGGGAGGAGGAGCAGCAGGGAACCAGCUAAAUACACUGAAAGAGGAGAUACUGACAGAGCUGGAGAGAAGAGUUUCUCUGUCCUGCUCUUCCUGCCAGACUGGUGUGGAUGACCUGAGGCGACAGCAGGAGGAGGACAGGGAACGGAUCGGAGCCCUGGAGAAGAGGAUCAACUCCAUUGACCAGUACUUGAGGCAAAACAUGGAAAUCACCCACAGUGAGACCGAGCGCUCCCAGGCCUGCUGCAAUACGGUCACAGAGCUGGAAAAAAGACUGUCUGAUGUCAACAUCCGAGUCACAUCCACAGAGAACAAGUGCGACACCAUUAAAGGGUGGCUAGAUAAGGAGUUGACCGGAACAGGUGGAGGGAAGGGAAAAGUCACAGAGGAACGGUUCAGCAGCAGGCUGAGAGAGAUAGAGAAAAGGGUGAAUAAUACGGUGAGGAAAACAGAGCAGAGGUGCACAAACACUGCGAACAACAUGAAGGACACCAUCCAGAGAGAUUUCACCCAGCUGCGCAACUUGGUUCUCAGUCGGCUGGAUGACCACAGCUUCAAGAUAGGAAAAAUAGACCUCGAGUUGAAUGUUUUAGGGGAUACAGUGACAGAUCACAGUCGACGUUUAAGCCAGCUGGAGAAUGUCACUACCUUCCUUGACAGGAGGCUAACAGCAACCACAAAAAAGUGCAAUGAGACCUGCGGUCAUAAUGGAAAAGGCCAGACAACAGAUGAGACAGUGAAAACGUUGGAGUGGAAAGUGGUUUCCAACCAAGGAGAGAUCCAAAAGUUUAGUACCAAGCUGAACAAUUUGUCAGAGACAGGUGACUCCCUCAUUGACAGAGUGAUCGACUUAACUAAUGACAUCAGCAAGAUAAAAGCUGUGACAGGGCAGAAUGGUGAACUCUUUAACCAGAUUGUCACAGAAGUCGUCGACACAUUGGGCCGGGACUUCGAGGACUGUUCUGUUUGCCGCAGGAUAAAGCAGGAAUUUAGCUUGCUUACCAACUCCACCAGGAGCGGCCUGAGCAGGUGCCAGACAGAACUGACGGACCUCCGAAAAAAAGUGGACUCAGGAGAAUCUGCCUGCUCUCAGGUUUGCUCCAACCUUCAGGAAGAGGUGGGCCGACUCAGAGAGGAAGUGGAGGAAUGCACAGGCCAGUGUAAACUCAACAUAAAUGAUCUAAGGAAUCGUUUGGACGGUCAUACAGUCCACAGUGGAAGGAUGGGAGGUGACUUGAAGUCAAUCCAAGGAGAGCUGGCUCAGGUCAUGAUCACAUUUAACUCAAUUAAUGACACUCUGAAAGGCCUGGGAAGGACUAUCAAGACACAUGGAAAUACACUAUCUGAUCUGACCAACACCAAAGACAGCUUUUUUAAUGAGGUGAACAGCUUGCAAAACGAACUGACGGAGCACAUUGACGACUCGAGAGUUCGAUUCAACAGUCUAGGCAAAGAAAUCCAAAUAAUCAGGAGCAACUAUGUGACAGAAGUUGGGGAGUGUCGAAAGUCCAGCGAUGGCGUGAACCGAAGACUCUCCAAGUUGGAGGGAGUUUGUGGCCGGCUUGACUCUUUCUCAAAUAGCCUAGAGAAGAUUAAGGAGGGCCUGAACAGACAUGUGUCUGGCCUGUGGAGCUGCGUUAAUGGACUCAAUGUCACAGUGACGUCUCAAGGAGUUCUUAUUGACAAUAUCCAGAAUGUCCAGCUGGAGAAUGUCCACUCCAAAAUACACAUGCUGAACUCUUCAGUGCUGGAUUUGGGCAGACAGUUCCACAUUUUCACAGAACAGGACUUUAAGGGUCCACCAGGUCUACCAGGACCCCGAGGAGAGAGAGGCGAACGUGGAAACCAGGGUCCUGUUGGACCACAAGGGAGGGUGGGACCUCCAGGCAGAGAUGGCAAGCAGGGACUAGUGGGACCCCCUGGUCUCAGAGGCGAACAGGGUCCUGCAGGGUCCGACGCUCAGGUGCCACGCCUUUCAUUCUCUGUUGCACUUACUCGCCCAAUGAGAAGUUCAGGAACCAUACUGUUCAACCGCAUCUUUGUAAAUGAAAAUAACGCCUACAACCCCAGCACAGGUUUGUUCACAGCACCCGUACGGGGCAAGUACUUCUUCAGUGGCAUCCUGACGGGUCACAAAAACAUGAAGAUUGAGGCGGUGCUGUCUAAGUCCAACAGCGGAGUGGUCCGAGUGGAUUCAGCAGGGUACCAGCCUGAGGGCCUGGAGAAGCCCAUGGCUGAGGCCAAACACAUCCCUGGAGCUCUAGCUGUUUUCAACAUCAUCCUGCCUAUGGAAGCAGGGGAAACGGUCUGCAUCGACCUUGUAACUGGCAAGCUGGCCUACUCUUCUGAACCUUUGACCAUCUUCAGUGGAAUGCUGUUAUAUGAGACCAACUAAUUGGAUGGAGUGCAGUGUGUCAGAAUGUGCUCAAUUUUGUUUUUGUGUGUGUAAGAGCAUCUUUUUUGCAUUUUGGACUCUAAGACAAAGAGCCAGUGACAGUUGAAGAGACUGAUAAAUGUGGACUGGAUUCCUCCAACAAAGAGAGACAUGCUUUAUACCCCACUUUAUUUGCUGAUAAGGAUGAAAGCUUCUUUUUGAAUCACAAUUUUGGUAGUGUUUCGCAGCUUUAAAGAAGACUGUUCAAAAACCUUUGUUUUUUUGUUAUUAUUUGUCAUGCAUUUUCUUCGGGAAGAAAAUCAGAGGCCAAACACUGCAGGGUUGUGUCAGAUUUUAUCUCUGCCUUGCUGUAAACUCAUACUUCACAGAGACUUUAGGUAUCACUUCUGUUAAAACAAAUACAUUUACUAAAACGAUAAAAAAGUCAAAUAUGGAUGUUUAGGUGGUUUUUCUGAGCUGGUGUGUCUGUGUGAGUCUGAGUGAAUGUGUGCUGUCCUCCCACAGCAUUCCAAAUAUUCAGAGGUCACACUUCUUUUUUUUCUAAGGUAGUUUAUCUUUCUGUAACUCUUAGUUUCAUUCUGACCACAAGCAAAUUCCCAGAAACAUGACGGCAAGUGCCAAGUGUAUUGGAAAAAAUGCAAAGGGGACAUAAUCCAAACCACGACCCUUUGGGAGGAAAUGCUCAAAUGAAGUCACUGACAGUUCAGAUGAAAAACCACAGGAUUUUAUAAAUCAUGCCACAGUAAAACAAUAACACCAUUUUAGGACAUUAACUAUGCCCAGAAAAACAAAGGAGGGAGAAGGAGUGUCAUGGAGAGGAAAAGGGGAUUUUUUCUGUGUCCUAAUAAGGAGCAUCUAAAUUCAGUGGUAGAUCAAAUAGGCAGUGAAACUUAUGAGGCUGUUAUUAUCAAUCUAUUUAACAAAGGAAUUGUUACGUAUAGAGUUAUUGCUAUAGCCAGCAAAAAUAAAUGAUGAAGCUGAAUGUAUUUUAACUCCCCUAUGUCUAAUGUGUUUUUAAAGUGUUCAUAAUAUGAGGUUAGAAGAUAUGGUUGAAUCGAUUUCAAAAGAAACACUGCAGAUUGUCUACAGACUGGGUCACUGAGUUUAACUCAUUCAUAUAAAUGACUUAACAGGUCUUCAGAUCUUCAAUUGCUCUCAGUAUUUCUCCUCUGUCCUCAGCAUGGGAGUUAAAUUUCAGUUGUAUAUGCAUUGUAUUACCCCCGGAGGCUGUAAAUAUUUGUAACGUCUUUACUCUUAUAACAUUUUUAUGGAAUACCAUUUCAAUUUGACAGGUGCUAUAUGUUUUCUAUGUUUUGCCACGUGUGUCUCAAAUACAGAUACCCAGCUCUACACAG